AUUGAACAAUUUUUCAAAAAAAAAGAACAAAUAAAAGUAUUUCAGAUCAUCGGGUUUCUUAUUUAGAUGAGAAUUGUGCCCACCUCUGUUUAAAAUUCGUUUAAAAAAUAAAAUAUUUCAUUAUUUCCGUUCGAUUAUAUUCACAUUAUCGAUGACUUCGGUUACGAAUAUCCGGUUUCAAAAUUUCGGUGGAAGAGGACUCUAUGAUGGAGCAUGCGCAUCGUUGUAGUGUUCGUCGUGUAAAAAGUUCAAAUUCGUACGAAGCGGUAACGACAAGUGUGAUCAGUUUGAAAAUGUUCGACUUAAUAAUAACUGGGUUAUGGUAGUAGUCUCUGGACCAUAAUAACAAGUAUAAUAGUAGAGUAGGCGAUAUCGACCUCCGCUGAAAAGUGAUACAUAUUGGUUCUCUACGAAAGUAGAGAAACAAGGAUAGGCGUGUAUAUGUGAGACUAGUAAAGGAGCGAGAGAUUUUGUUGUACACACGGGUGAACGAAAGAACAAGGAUAGAAAGAAAAGCAAACCAGAACCGGGUGUCGUAAGGUAAUCGUUGAUUUGCUUUGAGUGUUCGUUUGUGUUCUGACUUCGUUUCUCAUCUCCCAUCGGAUCGUUGCUCGCGUGUGUUGUGCAAAAUUUCGCGUCGUCGACCGUGCGUUCCGUUCGACAUUACGCGGGAAAAAUGGCUUCGUUUUCGGUGUGACACGAAAAUCAUAAAACGAUAUUGUUACGAGGCGUAAAUCUUGGUUUCUUCAUCGUGGAACCAUUGGACGAACAGGUGUCGAAGGUGCAGGUCUCGAUAAUCGACCAUGGCGUCUCAUAAAGACUUGACGAACGAUUGGGCUACGUUGUAUGAUGAUUCUAUCGAGCAAUGGACGGAUUCUGAUCUGCAGUUAGCGGCAGAACUUGGCAAGACCCUCUUGGAACGAAACAAGGAAUUAGAGAACAUUAUCAAACUUCACCAGACCACCGUCGAGGAACAAGCCCAAGAAAUAGAGUACAGGAAAAAACAGACCGCUGCACUGAGGGAGGUAAACGAUUCACGACUGAAAGUUUACGAGCAACUGGAAGUCAGUAUACAGGACUUGGAGCGCGCGAAUCACCGUCUCGUGGUAGAGAACACUAAUGACAAGAAACUUCUCAAAAGCCAAUGCUUAACGAUCGAGAAUCUGGAAGCUCGUUGCACGGAACUCCAGAGGAAAAACGACGAGUUAAAUGAACUACACAAAAGUGUGCUUCGACAACAAUGCAUGAGUCAAUCGAUGAAAACCACGGAAACACAGACCGCUCUAUGGGAAGCGUCGGUCACGCAGGGUGGCAGCACACAACAGAACGCUGCCCCAUCUGAGGAAGAAGUGGUAACUAAUCUAUUGAGGCAACUACAGGAAGCACGAAGUCAAAGAGCGAGGGAACAAAUGAAAGUGGCGGAACUUGGACAGCAAGUGACAACUCUAUUCUAUGAGAACGUUAACUUGGAAGAACAGUUAGCCGUUUUGCGUACCAAAGCGCAAGAUGUGAAAACCCUUCAAGAAGAGAUAAACGCACUCGAAGAAGUCAGACGAGGACGACUGUGCGGUCAAUGUUUACGCGGAAUGGAGACGAAAACGCACGAUGAUCUGUUGGUAAUGUUGGACCAGGAAGAAUACGACGACGUCAGUGUGGCUGACUCGCUCAUCAACGAAAGUCAACGCGAUAACGAAUCGCUUACGCAGCAAGAAACUUCUAACAAGACGCAGAGCAACAUUACGUUGAAGGACUCUACUAAUAAAGAGGAUGCUUCCAAUGACCUGAGCAAUCCGUACAGAGUACUCGUAGAAAAAUAUCAAGCCCUGCUGGAGGUUCAGAAUCGUUCGGCGCCCCGACGAAAGGACAGCGUGCCACCACCAGCUGCCUGCAUGUCCUUGCAAGAGGAGCUCGAAAUGUCCGGCGAGUUCAGUAGCUUCCAGAGUCCCUCGUUGGAAGCGGAGUUGCAGCAGGAGUCGGGAACGUCCAUCGGGACAAAUGAUACACGUACCAAAACGGAGAGCUGCGGUAAGAAACCAUUUUCCGCCACCCCCACAGACUUCUCCGAAGCGGAGUCUGGUUUCUCCGACGAGACCAGCAACAAGGCAACGCAGACCGAGGAAAGACCCGGCUCGUUCCUCUGUUCCAUCGCCGACGGCGAGGACUGCAAGUUCAGCAUCUACGACGACAACAGCACCUUCGAAAGCAGAUUCCGUAAAACGCCAGAGUACAGGCCAUUGUUCAGCGAGAUAUUCAGCGUUCUGAAACGGGCAGCCGAAGCAAAGGACGAGGGUGAAAUGCUGCCAUUGUUGGACGAUUCGACGAGCACAGUCAUCUGCCAGCCACAGACUUCGAACCUGAUAAAGGACGAAGACGUCCCCAGCGAGACCACCGACGACAAUCAGAGCGUUGUUUCUUCCAUCGUCUCGUCGGUCGUUUCUGAACCACUCUACAGAGUACAAACCCCAGUUCUAGUUAAUUCAGCCCACGAACGACCAAGUAACGACUCGGGCCACGGACAAGUGAAACACGGGAAGACCAUGGGCCUACGAAAUGGAAAUCGGUUCGACUACCUGUCGAUCAACACUCACUUCUCGAAGAAAUCGCCAAAGAAGUUCACUAAUAGAAAAGUGCACCAUGAUAAACCAGUCGCUCCAGAUGUAAUACCCACCACGAAUCCCAAACUGAUUCCAACUUUCCCUAAGCCGAGCAAUGGCGGGAAGACUCACUUCAGGCCCUUCACACCGGCUGAACAAAACGGUAGCGUGUGCAACGGGUACGGUUACGCGAACAGGACCAAAGAAUCGCGUAACACUAACAAUCAGCACACCAGCAAUCAGCACAACAGCAAUUUCGAAUACACAGGGUACAAACCUAGCACGGCGUCGGAGGAGGUCGCCAGAUUGAAACGGCUAGAGAUGUCGUACGCGGAGGUUCUUCGGUUGCCAAACAAAUCCAAAGCGAGAAGUCGCAAAAGUUAAAUUAAUUUUUUUAGAAAAUGAAACGGAAUAAUUUAAUCUUGUCUUGUCUACGUAUUAGCACCGAU